CCGAGCUCUACUUGACGCAGCCAAAUAGUAUAACUCUGGCUGCCGGUAUGCCAAAUGCCGCAACGUAUCCCGUUAAUUCUAUUUCUAUGACAUAUAAAUAUAAUAUCCCAGUAAAUCUUAGCAAACAUGAAGUAUCUACAGCAUUACAAUAUGGAUCUUCACAGGGUUAUGCACCGUUAAUAGAAAAAUGGAAGGAGUUCCAGAAAAUGUGGCAUACACCAAAACGAAGCGAUUGGCAAGUCGUGUUCACGAACGGUUCUUUGGACGGUUGCAGUAAGAUCUUUGAAAUGAUGAUCGAUGAAAAUGACCCAGUUAUGAUUCAAGCGCCAUUAUAUAUAGGCAUACUCGGAGCGUUAGUACCAUUGGCACCGGAUGUUAUAGAGAUUCACCAAGAUGCUGAUGGGAUAAUUCCCGAGGAAAUCACCAAAGAAUGCGAACAAAGAUUUAAGGAUGGUAAACCGAUGCCGAAAUUACUUUAUAUCAAUCCAACGGGAGCAAAUCCUACAGGCACCGUUUUGUCGGAGACCCGACGAAGAAAAGUGUACGAGUUGGCGCAGAAAUACAACUUCCUAAUCGUCGAGGACGAUCCUUACUAUUUCGUUCACUUUCUCGGUGAACAGCCCACGUCAUUUUUUUCCCUCGAUACUGAUGGUCGCGUUAUCAGAUUGGACUCAUUCAGCAAAAUUAUGAGUGCUGGAAUUCGCGUCGGUGUUGUCACAGCACACCCAGAUAUCGCAACUAAAUUGCAAAUACACAUGGAAAACUCGAACAUUCAUCCAUCAAAUUUAUCUCAGAUGCUGAUUUACAAACUCUUCGAGAAUUGGACCCCGCAACAAUUUGAACAACAUUUCAAAGAUAUUCAAAAAUUUUAUCGGGAGCGACGUGACAUGAUGCUGAUCAUAGUUGAAAAAUAUUUAAAAGGUUUGGCAGAAUGGUGUGUACCUCAAGGUGGAAUGUUUCUUUGGGUUAAAGUAACGGUUGUGGAUAACACAUUGGAUUUAGUGUUGAACAAAUGCGUGCCGCAAGGUGUUUUUGUUCUUCCUGGAAAUACCUUCAACUAUGAUACUUCAAAACAUGAUUGUCAUUUGAGGCUUAGCUACAGUUAUUCU